GUACACCGGCAAUCCAGGACUGUAAGAAGAUUAUCCCUAACUAAUAAUAUAAAGACUUUUCAACUUAACCAUGUUUACCGGACAGACUUUCUAAUGAGCUCAUGGUACACCUAGAAGUCCAUAACAUUUUGUCCUCUCUGUCAGUCUUUCACCAAACUCUCUACCUUACCUUUUUUACUCAUCCGUCGGAACUUAAAUUCUUUAACAUGUUCCCGGAUUACCGCAUGCUCUGUAGCUUUGGUUUUAGAGAAAACAAACAUGGAGAGAGAGAGGUUGGAGGAGGGACUACUCCUACCAAGGUCUUCACUUCCUGAACCAAAUCCAAUGCUUCAGAGUCUCGGCAAUAGUGGUGGCAGUGGCAUUCCACAGAAUGAUUCUUCAGCUACAACUGUCCUUGUUCUCAGCACCUUGGUUGCUAUCUUCGGUUCAUUUUGUUUGGGGUGUUGUUCAGGAUAUUCAUCACCUGCUGAAUCUGGAAUCAUGGAAGACCUUGGCCUCUCAGUGGCAGAAUUCUCAGUUUUCGGCUCAUUACUCACAGUUGGAGGAAUAAUAGGUUCAUUAAUAAAUGGGAAGGUAGCAGACCUCAUUGGUCGAAGAGGCUAUGUGGCUUUCGGACUUUUUCUUCAUUGUUGGAUGGCUUUUGAUAGCAUUCUCAAAGCAAAUAUGUCAUAUUUCAAAGGAUGUUUGGUCGAUGGAUCUUGGAAGAGUUUUGUCGGGGAUCGGAAUCGGGCUUAUAGCUUAUGUGAAAUAACACCGAAGAAUAUCCGGGGAGCAUUUACAGCAGCUAAUCAGUUCAUGAUAGCUUGUGGCCUUUCAUUCAUGUAUUUUGUUGGAACUGUUCUGUCCUGGAGGACCUUGGCUCUGAUUGGAGCUGUUCCUGGUCUAUUGCAGGUUGUUGGUCUAUUCUUCAUUCCAGAGUCCCCUAGAUGGCUGGCAAAAGUUGGUAGAGAGAAAGAGUUAGAAGCUACACUACAGCUUCUUAGGGGGAAGUAUGCUGAUGUUUCUCAAGAAGCUGCUGACAUCAGAGAUUAUACUGAAACCUUUGAAAGGAGCUCAGAAGCUGGAUUCUUUAACCUGUUUCAGCGAAGAUAUGCUUAUUCACUUGUUGUUGGAGUUGGGCUGCUGCUCUUCCAACAGUUAAUGGGGACAAACGCAAUUUGUUUUUAUGCUAGUUCCAUUUUUGAAGAUGCUGACUUUUCAAGUACAGUUGGGACUAUAUCAAUGGCUAUCAUUCAGCUUCCCUUUGUUGCUCUAUCUGUAUUUCUGAUUGAUAAAUGUGGAAGAAGACCACUUCUUUUGGUUUCAACUAUCGGAAUGUGCUUAAGUUGUUUCAUCAUAGGGUUGGCAUUUUGUGUGCAGGAUCUUAAUAAUUGGAAAGGGGUCACCGGGUGGCUGGUAUAUGCUGGCAUAAUGGGUUUUAGCGUAGCUUACUCGACAGGCAUGGCAGGACUACCAUGGGUUGUAUUGUCAGAGAUAUUUCCUAUAAACAUCAAGGGCACAGCAGGAAGCCUGGCGACUUUGCUAAACUGGUCAGGCUCUUGGGUUGUUUCAUUCAGUUUUAAUUUUAUGAUGGAAUAUUGGAGCACAGCAGGAACAUUUUUCAUAUUUGGAAGCUUCUGUGCUUCGGCUGUUCUGUUCACAGCAUUUCUUGUACCAGAAACUAAGGGGCAAACGUUAGAAGAAUUACAAGCAUCAAUUACCCAUUUUUCGGACCGAGACACCACUUUGAUAUUAGAAAUUUAGUACCAAUGUCAUGUUUGAGUUGAAUAAUUAAUUGUUGUAUCAUCAUUGAACCACAUGAAUGUGUGAUGAAAUAUAUUUCUUCUGUGAUUUAUAAUGUGGUUCAAUUUUGUAAUGCAAACUUCACAACUUGAAAAGUUGAAUUGAAGAAGAAAAUUCUAUAAAUAAUUAUUUAUGAAA